AUGAAGGGCCGCCCCAUCGACCAGCUCGUGUACGAGUGCAUGUUUCCCAGACCAAAAUCGACAGAUCCCCAAAACUUCCCGGGGCUGCUGCAACGCCAGCUCGUCCCAGAAGUUCGUUUGGAGACGCAAGCAUUCUACGGCCAUCUUGCCUCCCAAGAAGCCAAAUACCCAGGACUCGAUUACUCCUAUACCCCACACCGCAUCCGACUAUCCCGCUACACGUGGCAUCGACGACUCUUCCGCGCCUUCGACAACUUGGGCCUCACAAAAUCCGAGAUUGCAAGCUUGACAAAAUGGGAGGGCACGCGUUGGGCCAAGGAGCGCUUUCAGCGGGAACAAGGCAUCGUGAUCAGAGACACCACUGGAGAUGAGAUUGACGACUGGGUCGAGCCGGAAAUGCGCACUCCAAAUGUGUUACAAGCUCAUCGUGCAGAUGUGGAGGAUAUGGAGGAUAUACAUGAGGGCGCCGAGACGGAAGAAAACGAGAUGGACGAUGAGGACGCCGAGGACUCCGAUGUCGAGAUUCGAAGUGUUGGGAUCGAGUUGAACGAGCGACUGCGGGCAGCAGUUGCACAGAGAGAGGCUGGAAAUGCGGCAACCGUCAUGGAUGAGGAGUGGGAGCAGUGGUUGAAGGAAGCUGCAGAGGCCGGAGGAAUACCAUUCUCAGAUAUAGCCCUGUCACCAAAUGCUAAUAUUCCAGGUACGAGACCGGCUACAACUGAGCAGGCCCCGAGGGAUCCUCACUACUUGAAUGCCGCAAGGUCUGGCCACUGGCAGGAUAUUCCAAGUGUCCUUCGAAGUUUCGUCCGACAACACGUCGAGGCCCGCAACCGCAACUUGGGCCAUACAUCGAACACUCCUGCAACCCCAGCGGCAUCCACCUCUCCCUCGUCAAGCAGCACGAAUUCCCCCUUUCCCUAUAGGUCGAGCCUUAGUCCACGGUCUAGCGUGGUUCCUGCAAGCUCUUCCACAAAUUCCACGGGGAGAAUCGAUCCAAGAACAAUCUCCUCACUUGAUGAUCAUUUUACGGAGCAAUUCUCUCGCCGUCCUCUCCCGAUGAUGCAGCAAUCGGGCCCAGUUCGUGUUGACACUACAAGACGGCCGAGUGUUAGGUUGAACACCUCCAGGACCCCUCGUCAAAGGAACGAGGCCUAA